AACAGGCUUUACGUGUUACGUAACGCAAGGUUGCACGUAUGGUGGCGUAAAGUCCGUAUCAAACUAUGGAUUGAAGAUUGAAUUAAAAUUUGACCAAUCGGUUCAAAGUUCACUAAAUUUAAUUAAAGUUGAGUUUAGUUAACUUUGUUAACAAAUUUAAUUUAAUCUCAAUCUCCAAUCCGUAGUCCGAUACAGGCUUAAGACGCUACGGCAUUGUACGUGCACUUGCUCUAUGUUAUUGCAAAUCUACAAUUAUUUACCAUGGACAAAAAAGAUAAAUUGCAAAUAUUGAAGAAUGCUAUAAGGUCUUAUCCUGAUUUUCCCGAACCUGGGGUCAUUUUCCGAGAUAUAUUUGGCGUGUUUCAAAAUAUCGUAGCACUAAGAGCAAUGAAGGAUUUAAUUGUGGAGCAUAUUUUAUUCCUACAAGUUGACUUAGUUAUUGGUCUGGAUUCACGAGGCUUUCUUUUUGGUCCUAUGAUUUGUAUGGAGUUAGGCAAACCUUUCUUGCCUAUUAGGAAACAGGGCAAGCUUCCAGGCCAAGUCACACAACAAAAUUAUACAUUGGAGUACGGCAAGGCUACAUUUGAACUGCAAACAGAAUUAAUUAAAAAUGGCACUAGAGUACUCAUCGUCGAUGAUUUACUAGCAACUGGAGGUUCUAUGGCUGCAGCUGUACAACUAUUGAAGUCAGUAGGUGCUGAUGUAGUCGAAUGCUUGGUGAUAAUAGAAUUGACUACAUUGAAAGGCCGUGAUAAGGUCGGGAUACCUAUUCAUUCUUUUGUACAAUACGAUUAACAGUUAACCAUAUAUGUUAAUUUUUUAGAAAUAAUUGACAAAGUACAAUGAGAAAUUUUGCGCUCAUACAAUAAUGCAAUAAGUAUUACGACUAUACAUUCCUUCCACAGCAGAUACAAAAAUAAUAUUUUUCUACUUUGCACAUAGAUACGUACAAAAGAUUUCCAUAUUUUAUACAUUACAAUAUAAAAAUAGAUGACAUAACAUUUUGAAGUUGUAGACAUUCUAUAAUUCUGGAAAAUAUGAUGCCUAUCUUAUAAUGUGUUAGAUUAUUAUAAAAUAAUAUCCUUGUGCGCAAUGAUCACAUUAAAAUAUUAUUUAUAUACUUUA